GAGCUUGACAUCAUUAUUUCGCGACCGCUGAAAUGUCGCAGUUCGGAGCAACAUUUUUCCGACAUGCUGUAUCGGGCUGCUUUAUGCCCCGUGCGUGAGAGCAUUUCGUCCGACUACCCGAGCCCGCGAUUCGAUCGCUCCACAGCCGCUUUCUGUGCUUUCUCGUCUCUAUCGUCGUUGUUGUUGUUGUUGUUUUCUUAGCCGGUUCCCCAAUUGUGCAUAGAGUCGUCAUGUCGAGCGAACGGAAUGUGACGACGACGUUACUCGCGCUGUGAUAUCGUUGUUGGCCCCCGCCCGAGGAGAUAUGGAAUCGAGCGAGCUUUCCGAGCAAACCCCGACAGCGGAAGACCUAUCGGAGCGCAGCUACGAGAGCAACAGCCGCAGCCGCAGCAGCAGCAUCAACAGCAGCAGCAACAGCAAUCCCUCGGACUCGAGCUUUCGGCCCUAUCAGGGAUUCGAGGAGCUUGCGGCCAAGCCCGAGGAGGAUGCCCACCACGCCACGGUCCUGCACAGCCUGCCAGCCUGCAACAACGACUACGACGAUUACCUCGACAAUACGCCCGUUGCCUUGGACAAGCCCAAGGACUUGCUUCUAGCUCGGCCUGCUGUUUACAGCGAUCCGACGGCUCGGAGCAACAACAGCAGCCGAGAAACUGGCGGCAAUUUGGUGCGCACGUCGUCGAGCGUCGGAAGCAGCAGCAGCAACCUGAGCGGCAGCCACAAGGACGCGCUGCACAACUUUUACCGAGAGAUCCGGGAGAUUCGUCAGAAGGCUCUGGAACGGCACCAGAGCGUCGCCGCGGUCGGCAAGGAUUCGCUCGACCUCAUGAAGUCCUACGGACUGCCGCUGAAGGACCUGGGCGAGCUGAGAUCUCGGAUUGCCAUCGACAGGCUGCGGACGGGAUCGUUUCACGGCGGCGAGGCGACGACGCUCGAGGCCGAGGAGCUGAAGCAGAGCCUGCAGCAGCUGCAGUCGCGAGUCCCGGCCUUGAGCCAGUCGGCGCCCUCGGCAGUGGAGUCGACGAGCCUGGCCUUCGAGCGUCUCCGUCAGAGCCAUCCGCUGUUCCAAGCGGCCGCCGCAGCCGCCGCCGUCGCCUCGGAAUCGGCCGGCCAAACGAGCGUCGCCGCUCCUUUCGCUGCUCACCACGCGUCGUCGCUGCAUCAGCCCCAGCAGCAGCAGGCCUUCACACAGCUGCAACUGCAGCAGCAACGUCAAGUGCAACAGCAGCAACACAAUCAUCAUCAUCAUCACCAUCAUCAUCAUCAUCAUCAGCAGCAGCAGGCCAAGUCGUUCACCAUCGACGCGAUUCUCGGCCUGCGAGGCGGCAGUCAGCGAGAAAAGCAGCAGUCGCAGCAGCAGCGUCAGCAGUCCUACAGGAAGCAGCAAGGCCAAGCGAGCAACGGACCGGACGAGGAGCAGAGCAGCAGCGGCGGCGCCGGGGUACAGGACGGCGGCGGCGGCAACGCGUCCUCCUCCUCGGCGAGCGGCCCCGGCAAGCUCAAGCGGGUCAGGACGAUUUUCACGGCCGAGCAGUUGGAGAGGCUCGAGGGCGAGUUCGCCAGGCAGCAGUACAUGGUCGGACCGGAGCGGCUCUACCUGGCGCACGCGCUGCGUUUGACCGAGGCCCAGGUCAAGGUCUGGUUCCAGAACCGUCGGAUCAAGUGGCGCAAGGUCAACCACGAGCAGCAGAGUCAGCGGCUACACGAGCUCGGUCAGACGGCCAUCGCCUCUGCCGCGGCCACCGAGCCCGACGACUGCAGCAACGAAAACUCCCCCGACUGGUAAUCAUCGCCCUUCCUUCAUUCACCACCUGUCCAAUUUCCAGAGUCUCUAGUUCUCCCGUCUACUUCUCAGCUAUACGCGAUGGAAAACAUACUGACUGUAAUUAUUGCAACUAUCUGGCAUAAUGAAUACCUGUACAUAAUUUAAUUUAAGAAAACUCGGAUAAGAAGCGAAAAAACGAAGCGAGAAACGAACCGAAUUA